GUUCUAUGUGUUGAGCAUCAUCUUGGUUAUGAACUUCGCUAAAAGUCAAAUUUUAGUGGACUUUAGUGAAAAUGACUAUUGGACAACUCUUUUUAAUACAUCAAGCCCAAUUACUUUUAAAGUAACUUCUCUAAAGGAGGAGUAUUGUUACGUUAAGAUCGAGUUAUUCUCUAAGGAUCCUACUUUUUUAUUGAUGGCAGAUUAUAAAAUUAGACCGAAUAUCAAUUUGAUUUCUUAGUAUAAAUAAGGAGAAAAGAUUGACAGAAUAAGGUUAGAAUGAAAUUGAUUUUAGUCAACUUGAAAAUAGAGGAACUAGAUUCCUAAAGUUGAAGGGAAAACUUGGAACAAUAUAUAUAACAACUACAGCUGAUAAUAUAUAUAAUUAAUAUUAGAUUACAAUCACUGGUAAUAAUGAAGAUUAAUGUGACAAUGAAUGUAAUUAUGGUGGUGUUUGCAAAGUAGAAAUUAUUGUGACUUUAGAGUGACGGUUGUUUUUGCCAGAGUUCAUUCAUUGGGAAUGAUUGUCAUCAAUCAGCAGUGGAAUUACCGUCAGGCUCUGAGAGAGAUGUAGAUUUUCUGGUUGACGAAACAAUUAAGUUCUUCUCAAUUGAUCUCUCUUAUUUAAUUGGAUAAAAAUUGAAGCUGGAAUUCGAAGUACUUAUCGUUAUUAUUGAUAUAUAGACUGAUUGUGACGAUUGCUUAACUAUUAUUAUUUAUAAGACUAAAGCUCUUUUGGGACCAGAAGAUUCUUUAAAUAGCAAUUAUACUUACUUAUUUUACAUUACUGAUGGGUCUAGUACUAUUUAAACUUAUGUACCACAAACUUUGGCAGCUUCAUAGUAAAUUCUAUAUCUUGCUGUCUCCAAAUAAUAUUCUAUUUAUGAAACUCCUCAUUUAUCAAUUAAAUGUAACUAUUUCUCUGAAUCAAAUGAUGAUGAUGAUUCAACUGAUUAUAGUAAUAAAUUACUAUAUAUCAUCAUCCCAACCGUUUUUGGGUCGAUACUGUGUUUUAUCAUUAUAGGAUGUCUAUUAAGAAGGAAGAGGACCUAUACAAGUCAAGCUGCCUAGGUUGCAUAAGAUCCAUUUUCUUAAUAGACUAGAAAUGGAAAUGCUUAAGACCCUUUUUCUUAGUAAAAUAGAAUGGUAGCUUUUCAUAAUCCUAUAUAAUAAUAAUAUCCUCAAUAAAAAUUUCCAGUUUCCUAGUUUCUUUGGUAGAAGGAUGAUAAUAAUAAUGAUGAUAACGAUAAAUGUAUUAUCUGCUUGAUGUCACUCAAUCAUUAUAAUAAUCAGACAAUCAAGAUUAGAUGCGGGUAUAUACAAUUAUUAAAGUUAGUCAUGUAUUCCACAGAAAUUGCAUCGUAGAAUGGUGUUAAAAACAAAUAUCAUCAAAAAAGGAUCACUAAAGCGAUUGCCCUUAUUGUAGAUAACCUAUGAAUCUAAAUGAAAUUUUUUGA